AACACGGAUUCAUGGCGUGUCGUCCGCUCGUGUCGUAGAAGAGAAGAGGUUUUCUCUUCCACUUCCUCUCUCUUACUAGCAGCUUUUCUUCCGCUCUUCAAGUUUUCCUCCCAGGUGGUCUCUCCUCAUCUUAUCUGAGGUCGAUAUCAAGGUCCUGCAGCACCAUGUCCAUUGUCAAGAUCCACGCUAGAGAGAUCUUUGAUUCUCGCGGUAACCCCACCGUGGAGGUUGACCUUUACACGGACAAAGGUUUGUUUAGGGCGGCUGUACCAAGUGGGGCAUCUACUGGAAUUUAUGAAGCCUUGGAGCUCAGGGACAAUGACAAGUCCCGCUACCUCGGCAAAGGUGUCUCACAGGCUGUAGAGCACAUUAAUUCAUCUAUUGCACCUGCACUUGUUGGCAAAGAUGUAUCUGUGGUUGAACAAGAGAAGAUUGACCAGAUGAUGAUCGACAUGGAUGGCACAGAGAACAAAUCCAAAUUUGGUGCAAAUGCCAUCCUGGGUGUGUCUCUGGCCGUUUGCAAAGCUGGUGCAGCAGAGAAGGGGGUCCCCUUGUAUCGCCACAUUGCAGACCUUGCAGGAAACCCAGAGGUCAUCUUGCCUGUACCGGCCUUCAAUGUGAUCAACGGCGGCUCUCAUGCAGGCAACAAACUGGCCAUGCAGGAGUUUAUGAUCCUGCCCAUCGGCGCAAGCACCUUCAAAGAGGCCAUGCGCAUUGGAGCAGAGGUCUACCACAACCUCAAAAAUGUCAUCAAGAAGAAGUAUGGACAGGACGCAACUAAUGUUGGUGAUGAAGGGGGCUUUGCUCCAAACAUCCUGGAAAAUAAGGAAGCUCUGGAGUUGGUGAAGGAAGCCAUCUCCAAAGCAGGAUACACAGAUAAGGUUGUGAUCGGCAUGGACGUGGCUGCAUCUGAAUUCUACAGGGAUGGAAAAUAUGACCUGGACUUCAAGUCGCCUGACGACCCGAGCCGUUACAUCACUCCUGAUGAGCUGGCUGACCUCUACAAGAGCUUUGUGUCCGAUUACCCAGUGGUGUCUAUUGAGGAUCCAUUUGACCAGGAUGACUGGGCGGCCUGGACCAACUUCACCGGCAGCACGGACAUCCAGGUUGUUGGAGACGAUCUGACAGUGACAAACCCCAAUCGCAUCACCAAGGCUGUAGAUGAAAAGGCCUGCAACUGUCUGCUGCUUAAAGUCAAUCAGAUUGGCAGUGUCACCGAGUCAAUGAAAGCUUGUAAGAUGGCCCAGGAGAGUGGCUGGGGUGUGAUGGUUAGUCAUCGCUCUGGUGAAACUGAAGACACCUUCAUUGCAGAUCUGGUGGUCGGAUUAUGCACUGGACAGAUCAAGACUGGAGCUCCCUGCCGCUCUGAGCGUUUGGCCAAAUACAACCAGAUUCUCAGAAUUGAAGAGGAGUUGGGAGACAAGGCUCGGUUCGCUGGGAAGAACUUCAGGAAACCACUGGAGGCAUAAAUGAAUAAAAGAUUCACUUCACAUAUGAGUGAAUUCAUAGGCGUCCAAGCAGUAACGAUGUAGAUGUGCUUACAUACUACCUGCUGUAAUAACUUAAUAGAGAACAUACUGUAAUUAAUGCAAAUGUGACACUUUACAAUCAAGUUCUUGUUUUUUAAGGUGAAGUAAGAUAUUAGACCUAAAAUAGAACGUGACUGAUAUUUAUUUACAGCAUUUAAAAACUGUAUUAACAACAACUGCACUUGGAGACAAAAUUAAUAAAAAAACUUUUGUUAGUGAUAAAA